CAAGAAGUUCGUCGCUUCUUUGACGGAGGCCGGGGAGUGAAUGAGUCGCGUGUCACUUCGAUAGGCGGCGAGAGUGCCUUUUUGGAAGAAGAAGGCUUUAUUCCUCAGUAUUAAGCAUGAUUGUUUGGAAGGAUAGUCCCCAUCGAUUAUAGUGGAAUUUAUGUCCAGUGAGCCCUGAAGAUGGCAGCAGAAACCAACCACGUCCAUGCAGUGUUUGAGUUGACAAAGGCAAAUGAUGGCAAAGACAACCAUCAUCCUAGGAUCUCCCUGGAACCUAUAGAAAAGAGCAUAGAUAUCAAGGCAUGUGUGGUGAAGCAAGUGAAGAAAAAUUGCAGCUGCACCCCAGCUAGAGCCAAAGAUUUGAUCUUCAGUUUUCUCCCAGUACUGAAGUGGCUUCCUAAGUACAGCCUGAAAAAAGACAUCUUGGGAGAUCUGAUGUCUGGUAUCAUUGUGGGAAUCUUGUUGGUUCCACAGUCUAUUGCCUAUUCCCUGUUGGCUGGCCAAGAACCCAUCUAUGGACUGUAUACAUCAUUUUUUGCAAGCAUCAUUUAUUUCCUGUUUGGAACCUCCCGUCACAUCUCUGUUGGCAUUUUUGGUGUGCUCUGCUUGAUGGUGGGAGAGGUGGUGAACCGUGAAGUACAGAGAGCUGGAUAUGACUCAGAACCAAGUACUUCUAGCAGUUAUCACUCAGACAUGCACAUUUACUUAAAUAACAACAGCACAUUGGGGGCUUUGACAGUGAACCAGACAUCACAAAUGUUAUGUGAUAGAAGUUGCUAUGCAAUUAAUGUCGGAGCCACUGUCACUUUCAUUGCUGGCAUUUAUCAGGUUGCCAUGGGCUUCUUUCAGGUGGGCUUUGUCUCUGUGUAUCUCUCUGAUGCCUUGCUCAGCGGAUUUGUUACAGGUGCUUCCUUCACCAUUCUCACAUCACAAGCCAAAUACCUCCUGGGCUUAGACAUUCCUCGGAGCAGUGGCAUUGGUUCCCUUGUAACCACCUGGAUAAACAUAUUCAGAAACAUUCACAAGACCAACAUCUGUGACCUCAUCACCAGCUGCUUGUGCCUUCUUGUUCUUAUCCCAACUAAAGAGCUCAAUGAGCGGUUCAAAUCCAAACUUAAGGCUCCCUUGCCCACUGAGCUGUUCGUGGUUGUGGCAGCUACACUGGCAUCACAUUUUGGGAAGCUGAAUGAGAAAUAUAGCUCCAGUGUUGCUGGACACAUCCCAACUGGGUUUCUUCCACCACAACCACCAGAUUGGAAUCUGAUUCCCAGGGUGGCUGUGGAUGCAGUGGCCAUUGCUAUUAUUGGCUUUGCCAUCACUGUGUCUCUUUCUGAGAUGUUUGCCAAGAAGCAUGGCUACACAGUUAAACCCAACCAGGAAAUGUAUGCCAUUGGUUUUUGCAACAUCAUCCCUUCUUUUUUUCACUGUUUCACAACCAGUGCAGCCCUUGCCAAGACACUUGUCAAAGAGUCAACAGGCUGUAGGACUCAGAUCUCUGGUGUUGUAACUGCCUUGGUCAUCUUGUUAGUCCUCCUUGUGAUUGCUCCCCUCUUCUAUUCCCUCCAGAAGUGUGUACUAGGAGUCAUAACCAUUGUCAAUCUCAGAGGAGCCUUGCGGAAAUUUAAUGACUUACCUAAAAUGUGGCGAUUAAGCAAAGUGGACACCGUGAUUUGGAUAGUCACCAUGUUAUCUUCUGCACUGAUAAGUACUGAGCUUGGCCUUCUGAUUGGGGUCAGCUUUUCCAUGCUGUGUGUCAUUUUGCGGACUCAGAGACCAGAAGGACAACUACUGGGUUGGGUGCCGGAAUCUGAAAUCUAUGAACCCCUUCCUGCCUAUAGGGACCUUCAGACUAAGUCAGGCGUCAAAGUUUUUCGUUUUGAAGCACCCAUCUACUAUGCUAAUAAAGAGAGCUUCAAGUCCAUGCUGUUCAAGCAGACUGGAGUUAAUCCUUUGCGGGAGUUAGCAGCAAAGAGCAAGGCAGAAAAGCGGAAGCUUAGCAAGAAAAUGGCCAAUGCCAAUGGAAACCAGGCAGAGACCUCAGUGCAGCUUGUCACUCAAGUUUUGGAGUUCCACACUAUAGUGAUUGACUGUUGUGCAGUGCAGUUCUUAGAUACAGCAGGGAUUCACACACUCAAAGAGGUUCACAAGGAUUAUGGGGAUAUUGGCAUCCAGGUGCUGCUGGCUCACUGCAAUCCCUCUGUGAGGGAUUCCUUACACCGAGGGGAAUAUAUUAAAAAGGGGGAGAAAGAAUCCCUCUUCCAUAGUGUGCACCAAGCUGUGGAACAUGCACUGUGUGCUUAUAGGCAGAAUGGGUGCUGUGCGUCUGAAGUCUAGUGUAAGUAAAGAGUUCAUGCUGAACAUUAGCUAAAUUCAGAUAAUGGUGUACUUGUGUGUCAGAGAUAAUGCUGGGCAUAUGCUCACACAGUUGUAAAGGGCUAUUCCUAUUUUUCCUAUGCUGUUGAGAGCACAAGAUCAUAAACAAAUAUGUUUUAUGCUUUUAAUUUUGCUCUGCUGGAUAAGGCAUUAAGAAAGCAGUAAUGACUUAUGAGAGGAAAUCUGGAUAGCUGUAUCUGCAACCUGUUCAAGACAACUCUCAGCACUCCUGACCAAUGGCCAUGAUGGCUAGGCCUGGUGGAAGCUGAUGUCAAAACAUCUGGGGGGCACCAGGUUGGAGAAGGUUGGCAUAGCAGAACAAAUACUCUUGAAGCUUGAUGUGUCUCAUUCACACCCCUUUCAAUGUUUUCAUAUUAGUUUUUUCUCUCUCCUCAGAUUGAUGUGCAUUUGACUUGUGCAGAUAGUGCUGUUUUACUGAAUAGUACUUUAUCUUGAAAGAGAAAAUAUGGCCUGGGUCUUCAUAUCCAAAGAAGGUUCAUGGGGAAAAGUUGUAUCCCCCUCCCUCCCCCAAAAGUUACUCCACAGAGUCAGGGGGCUCUCUGGGGCAUGAAGGGCUGCUGGGGAAGGGGAGAAUUGGGUGCAAGUCCACCUGAUUUUGGGUGAUUCUUCUCUAACCCAGUGCUUCAUCCCACACUGCUGAGGAGGGGCCUCUAGAUGCAAGAGGCUUCUGGGGAGGGAGUUGCAGGUGGUAGCAGUGGGGAGGACAGAAUGGUACAUUUGCUUCUGUGAACUUCCUUCCAUUCGCUUACCUUAGGAUCCAACCCUACGUUGCUUUAUUGAGUUGAUGGUUUCAACAAUUUCAGAGUAGAGUAGUUUGCCUUCUGAUGUCUUUUACUCCUUAAUCUGUCCAGUAAAUUGAGAAUAAACAUCUAGCUUUGUUUUAAUCUGUUGAUAAUUCAACGCAGACACCUUUCCACUGUUCUGAAACCAGCCAUAAGCGCUUUUAAUAGGAUUUGACACAGUGGAAAGAGCAUGUUAGCAGUUUCAUAACUGAGAGUUUGACUUGUGUCAUUUGAAUGUUUGAAACAAGCUAGAUACUUAAUCAAUUUACACAUUUUUUGGAAGCCAAAACACUGUCCCUUCCUUUAAGAAGACUAAUGGAGGGUGCCUGAAGGAUAAUCAGAGGUUGUAAUUAGCUCACCCCACCCCCACCCACCGCUAUCUCCUCUGUCAGCUAGUUGCUAUUGCAUAAGGGAUUUACUGAGUAAUUAUUCUACAGGUAUAGACUUUUUAUUGCACUUUUUAUAGUGAAUGUCCUAAAGUAUUUGCAGAAAUAAGAUAUGUUGUUCUCAAGUUCCCACAGGUUAGGCAAGUAAAAUGCCGGCCUCUGAGAAUAAAAUAAAAACCUCUAAUGGGCCCUUUAAGCCAAAGAUUCCUUUCCAUCCUCUGUUCUGGGGCUAUUUAAAUACUGAAUUAAAAAAUUGUGUAUUCAGCUGCAAUGAGGGUUUGUUUUGGGCAAAAUUCUCUUUUUUAUAUAAUUCUAACUGGAUUUUAUUGUAAGGCAUUCUGGAACUCAGUAUAAAGAUAGGAUGAAAGGAAGCUGUAGGGAAGCUUUGUGACUUCUGUAUUGUAAUUAUUAGCAUUCCUAGUGCAAAAGAACAAGAGCUGUAACAUCUUUAUUAUUCUAGGUGUUCAUUAUGAACAGGCUCUUCCUGCGCAGCCUUUUUUGUAAGCACUGUAAAUUGUCAUAGAGAUCAGCAAUGAUAAAAUGCCUGUUGCAUUAUGCAGUUCAUUGGCAAGUGGGAUUAUUUCCUGCAUUGUGGGAUUUUGUACAACACGGGAUUUAAAACAUUUACGCAUAUAUACUUAUAUGUGCAUAAUGGAGCUAAAUUCCACAAAAACAAAUAUAUGCAAGAUGAAUUUAAAAAAAAACAAAACAGUUUCACCUGUAAACUGAAUUCACUGAAUUCAUUCAAGAUAAUCCUUUCUACCUUCUGAGUGUUCUGAGAAAUCUUAAAUGAUUUUUGACGUAGGAAACAGAUAGCCAAAAGAAUAGGGGCAACUGGCCUGGUGCCUUUCAAAUGUUUUGGCCUACAACUUCCAUCAGCCCCAGCCAGCAUUGGCAAUGGUUAGGGAUUAUAUGAGUUGUAGUUCAAAACAACUGGAGGAUACUAGGUUGCCUACCUCUGCAUAUGACCUGCUAGAUUAGAUCAGUGGUCUUCUAGUCCCUCAUCUUAUUUCUAGCAGUGCCCAGAAAGAUGCUUCUGGAAAGUUCAAAAGCAGGGCGUGAAGACUGCUUGUCCACUAUUCUCAAGCACCCCCCGCCCUGCCAGCAACUGGCUUUCAAAUGGCAUGUAGAAUGUCUUUGAACCUGGAAGUUCCUUAUAGCCAUCAUGGCUAAUAGUUGUUGAUACACCAUAUCAGCCAUCUAAGCCAGUGGCCAUCACUACACAUUGUGGUCAGGAAUUCAGUUAUGCAUUGUGUAAAAAAGUGCUUUCUUCUAUCUGCUCAGAGGCCUUAGCUAGACCUAAGGAUUAUCCCAGGCAAAUAGAGGGGUUGUCCCUGCCUGCUUCCGGGAUCGCCUGUGUGUCAUUUGGAUGCACGGAGAUGAUCCUGGGACAAUCCCGGGAUAUAGGCCUGGUAUAGCCAUGGCCUAAGUCUAUCAAUUUCACUGGAUGAUCUUGAAUUGUAGUAUAUGGAUUAAGGAAAAAUCUCUGUCCAUUAGCAAUUUCCUUGCAAUCCUCCAAUUUAUAGCUAAACUCCUAGGGGGUAGAGUUUACCAGGGUGGCCUCAGGCAGCAGCUCUAUUUAAAGGAAUUAGAAUUGUGCAUCUCUCACUUCUUUUAAUUGAGGUGGUGUAAUCAAAGCUUUGGUUAAAUACUGGUGGGGUUUUGUUUCAAUUGUUUGUUUGCAUUGGGCUUUCUGGCAGUGAGUGGUAGGGCAAUAUUGAAUGUUCCCUGUUACUUUUGGAUAAUUAACUAUAAACUUAUGAAGAGGGUUUUUUGUUUUGUUUUUGGCUUUUAAGAUUCCCAUCCAAAUUUUUUUUAAAAAGUGAAAAAAAUAAAUCAGUCACAAAAACAGGCUUGUCUGAUCCAGAUUAUUUUGUGCAUUAUAAAACAGUAUGUUGAAAUCUUAUAAUUAAGAAGAAAAUAAUACAUUCUUACCUAGCCAGUACUAUAAUCUCUGUUUCCAAACAGAGGGCUCCUAGCUCCACCAAUUAAGAUAUUGUGCAACUAUGCAAUCUCCUCCAUUUUAAUGUAUUUUUUGUGAACAGCAAAAAGGGGGAAGAAGAGGGAAAACAUGGCAGGGUUACAAGUAAAAAAUGAUGUAGUUUGGACCCAUUAUAAAAUUCCAUGAAUGAGCCAGGGCAAUACCAUAAAAAAAGCCUCAUCUGAAAGCACUCCUAAAAUCCACUAAAGACAUUGCAUUAAAACUAGUGUAAUUUUUCUGAAAUAAAUAAAAAAGGCAAUCUGGUUUAAGCAAGUCAUCUGGGGUUUGUGUUAACAGUUCCUUCCCAGGAUGCUAUUUCCAGUUCUUCAUAGGAGAACAUAGUCUCUGUGUUAUGGGCCCUUCUCCUUUGAGAGAAAGUCACAAUUAAAAACCCUGUGCUACUUUCCAUGGCCACCGCACUUACUAAAUUCUUACAGGAGUUUGUGUUUAAGGUAGGGUUGUCUCCUUUUUCCACAGGAGGUUUUUGCAUACAGUGGCUGCAUUGUAGACAGACAGACAGGAGGCAUUUUUUAAAGAAGCCUGUAUUUUUUAAAAAAUGCCUUCUGUCUGUCUACAAUGCAGCCACUGUAUGCAAAAACCUCCUGUGGAAAAAGGAGGCAAAAAAGCUAGCUGACAAAUAGGCAUCUUUUGUCAGCUAGCUUUUUUGGAACCCUCCGUAUCCUUCCCACUGUUGUGGGAAUUGCUUGCAGGAGCACUCCACUGACUUCGAAAACAUGGAAUAGGAAGUGGUCAGAAGGUGGUAGUACCGUCGUCUUCCAGAAGGGUGCUCUGCAGGCUUACAUACUGCACUUAGAAGCCAAGAAUUCCAGUGGAAGAGUUAAUUAAAUUAACCUAAGCACUAGAAAGCUGGUUGAAUUAUUUUUCAGUAUGAUGAUUCACGUGCUAUGGGAAACUGGGCUGUAGGUUUUGAUUUAUACUAAAUAAAUCUUGAUUAGAAGAGUGCCAUAUGUUAGGAUUAACAACUAGAAAAGCAAUAGCCUUGGCUGUUUUUUCACUUCCCCUCAAAUCUGUAGUGUUGAACUCAAAUUGUUUUGCCACCUGUAUGUAUCAUGGUUUGUUCUCUGUGCGCUGCUAAGAGCUGGUGCAGAGGUAACACUUUCCACUUCAAGAUGAGGGUAGCAGUGAUUCCAGUUUCAAAAAUCAUCUCCAGCUUCAUGGCCAAAUUAAUGUGGCUUUGCUGACAUAAACUGUAGCUGUCAGGAGUUGUUCCUGAUUCCAUGGCCUCAGUUUGUAUGAGGGUUAUAGUUGAUGUGGAGAUUCCCUUUACAGGACCAAACUUUUGUGGGUGUGAUCGGCCCAGCUGUAUGCAGCUUUUCUUCACAUAGAAGGACCCAUUAAGCUUUUAACAAGAUAGAUUUCAACCACUGAGACUUUAGCCUUUAAUACCAAAAAGUGCUAUUAUGGUCUUUGCCAGGUGUGAUAGAAAUUUUACAUUUUUGGAACUUCCUGUAUGUUAACAACAGGGCAUUAUGAAAACAAAUAUUUACAAUGCUUCAGUUAUAAACUUAAUGUGUAUCUUAAUUUAUCUUUUUACCUCUUGCUGCUGCUGUUCAUAGCAGUUUCUGUUACCCCUAGUAUAUCUGAUGCACUAUAAAUGCUGGCAUUGAAUAACUUAACAGAUUUUACUUUUUACUUUUACUUUUUACUUUUUACUUUGCUGUUCUAGUAAAUUACACAGUACUAAUUUUAAUUUGGAAUUUACAAGAUUGUAAACUAUAAACACUGGGCCCAAAUUGUGCUUUAAUGUAGUUUCUCUUUAAUCACAUCAUCACCGCUUUAGUAACAUUUUGUGGCAUAAGCCAUUUUGGUGUUUGCUUUUCAACAAAAAUGCCAAGGGAUAGUAUAUGGCCAAAAAGGCAUGGCAUGUGACUUGCAGUAAAUGGAGCCAUUAUAUCUGUCUGCCUUUCUAAUCUAUUUUUAAUGUAUUUUUAUUGUGGGACCAUUCAAAGCGCUUUUAAAGGACUGUGAUCAUUUUCCCCCACAGAGCAUUUGCUGUACCUUCCUUGUACUGUGCAAUGCAAUGCUUACUGUAUUGAAUUUGUAUUGUAUUUUACUGCGUCCGAUUUAUGGUACUAAGUAGUGUAGUUCCCAGGUUCCUCCUUUUUGCCCUUUUUGAAGAUAGGUACUACAUUAGCCCUCCUCCAGUCAUCUGGCACUUCACCUGUCUUCCAUGAUUUCGCAAAGAUAAUAGACAGUGGUUCUGAGAGUUCUUUUGCUAGCUCCUUUAUUACUCUAAGAUGGAGUUCAUCUGGCUCUGGAGAUUUGAACUCGUUCAAGGAAAUUAGGCGUUCUUUGACCAUUUGUUUAUCAAUCUCAAACUGCAAUCUGGCCCCCUCAGCUUGUGCUUCACUUUUUCCAGGGGGGUCAUAGACCUGCUUUUGGGAGAAGACUGAGCCAAAGUAGGAAUUGAGCACUUCGGCCUUUUCUUUGUCAUUUGUUAUCAAUUUGCCAUCUACUAUUAAUAAUAAUGACUUGAGCAGCUAAGUGCCAACAAAGAAUCAUACCAGCAUGUCCACACUGAUAAUACAAUGCAUUUUGGUAGCAAUCCACAUGCAUCCAGUAGCUGAAUAACAUGCUGUUGCACUCAUGUGAAUUGCUGUGAGGACCCAUGUGUGUAUUGGGCUAUUCCUCCUGACUCAAUUAGUUUUGAUAGUAGUCCUCCAAAGGCGUGUAGGCCUUUGGACCUUCAGACAUUCUGAGUUUUGUAGAUCUAGGUAUAUGUUUGUAAUUGGAAACUUGCACUAUCUAAGGCAGAACUAAGUAUUGAAAGUGAAGUGGAGGCCUUUCUCAUUUUGAAGAUUGCCAACAAUGUGGUUUGUAUUUGCUUUUUAAUACAUUGCUGUUAUCGUCCUGGAAUGUACUAUUGCUAUGAGGCUCAAGGUAUCUCAGGUAGUAUGAAAUAAGAUA